AUGAGAAAUUAUAGGGCACGUCACAUUCAGAUAACUUCCUCCUGCUGCAGCAGGUUGCUUUCUCUGCAUGCUGGACUGGAAAGCGCCAAUAAUAUCACACAUGCAAACUUCAGCUCAGUCUAACAGUGAUCUUCUGCUGUCUACUGUUAAUGAAACUGCAGUAUCACCAUGACGUUUGUGAACACAUCGUGUCUGGUGGUGAACUGCUCCUGUCCCACUCACACGAAUGUCUGGGAAACAACUAUAAACAAGCUCUACACAUACGUUUAUCUGAUUAUAUUCAUCCCAGGCCUGCUGUGCAACACCCUGGCUCUUUGGGUGCUGUGUCGGUUCAUAAGCAAAAAGACCAAAGCCAUCAUCUUCAUGAUUAAUCUAACCAUAGCUGACCUGGCUCACGUGCUGUCGCUGCCUCUUCGGAUUCACUACUACAUCACACAAGACUGGCCUUUCGGCAACAUGUUAUGUAUGCUGUGUUUUUACCUGAAAUACCUUAACAUGUAUGCUAGCAUCGCAUUUCUGGUCUGUAUUAGCAUUCAGCGCUGUGCUUUUCUCCUGCGGCCAUUCUGUGCCAGGAACUGGAAGUCUCGCUACGACGUCUGCAUCAGCGCCGCAGUCUGGGUGAUGGUGGGUCUCGGCUGCUCACCUUUCAUUUUAAUGAGGAGCAAAUCAAAUUCUGGAAAUAACAGCACUACCUGCUUUAAAGACCUGCCGAUGCGUAAGCUGGAUUUACGCUCAGCCAUUUCUAUGAUGGUUGCUGCUGAACUCUUGGGAUUUAUUGGUCCGUUAAUUAUCACUGGUUUCUGUACUUACUUAAUAGUGAACUCCAUCAGACAGAGGAACCAAAAUCAGCAGUUCACUGGUAAAACGAGUAAGGCUUUGCGCAUGGUUAGGGUGUGCACAGGGGUCUUCCUCUUCUGUUUCGCCCCCUACCACAUCAGCUUCCUGCUUUACCUGAUGGUGAGCCAAAGCAUUAUAACAAACUGUGCAGUAAGUCAGGCCAUUAGACAAUUUCACCCCAUUUCUCUCUGCGUAGCAAGCCUGAACUGCUGCCUCAACCCUCUCAUCUACUACUUCCUAACCACAGAGUUCAAGCAGCAGUUGUCUCAGCAUGGCAGCUCUGUGCUCAGGGGCCGUCUGAUGAGCAUGGAGAGCACAUCUUCCUUUAGGGAAUGAGUGAUGUGCAUGCACUUCAUCAACAGAGCAUUAUGAUAAAGAAACCUAAAUGUGCUAUGAACAUUGAAGUCAGGUAGUGUGCAAAUCUUGCCUUCAGACAGUGUAAAAACUAAAUCCAUUAUUAGUCUCGCUUAGCCAGAGCUUUAGUCUGACAGCAGAAGGUCUGGGAACCUUGGGCGCUUUGAAUGGCUAAGGCCCACUCAAGAGGCCAAAUUAUUGACAGAUAAAGCAACCAUUUGUGCCACGUCAUGUUCAGGUGCAUGGAAAUGUCCCCACAAUAACAGACCAGUGUGUGUAAAACUCUUGGAAGUAUUUUAAAGAUUCUAUGCCGUGAACUUAAAAUAUUCCACAUACUUUUGAAAAUCCAGUGUUCAGCUGAUCCUGAUAAGCGCUCGUCGUAACAGUUGUAAACAGUUGUAAAGCUUACAGUAUAAACUGAAACGUUAUGUCCAGCAAGUAUAGUUUUUACCAAAACCACUGCCUAUCAUGGCAUAGUUGAAGUAUUGGAAGUUUAACAAUGACAGCCGUCAAAGACAGACUAAUUUAAAUGGAAGAAAAAAGAAACUUUCGGUAACACUUUCUAUGAAGCCCAUAUUUAUAAUACAUUAUAAGGGUAUUCUUAAGGCAUUAUAUUGAAUGCAUAACGCAUUAUAAAAA